AUGCUGGGAUGCGUGACACGCCUCCGUCGGCUGGUCCGCCUCCUUCCCCUGCAGACCUCCCUGCUCCUCCUCUUCCUGUUCUGCACCGUCAGCGUCUUCAUCUUCUCCUACUUCCUCUAUGGCGUCAAGCGAGAGCCGGAGCCUUCGGCGCUGGGCCUGUCCGGGCCCGAGGGAGCCUCCGCCGACUCGGACUACCCGAGGGUCAAUCCCUCCCGGCUGCUGCCCGUGCGGAGCAUCCCGGGGGGACCCGGCGUGGACCUCGGAGGGACCAGGACAGAUCCUGUGGUUCUGGUGUUUGUGGAAAGCCAAUAUUCUCAACUGGGGCAGGAGAUCGUUGCCAUCCUGGAGUCCGGCCGGUUCAAGUACCGGACCGAGAUAUCCCCAGGGAAGGGGGACAUGCCUACCCUGACGGACAAAGAGAGGGGGCGUUUCACGCUGGUGAUCUACGAGAACAUUCUCAAGUAUGUGAACUUGGACGCUUGGAACCGAGAGCUGCUGGAUAAAUACUGCGUGGAGUACGGAGUGGGCAUCAUCGGCUUCUUCAAGGCCAAUGAGAACAGCCUGCUCAGCGCGCAGCUCAAAGGCUUCCCGCUCUUCCUCCACUCCAACUUGGGCCUGAAGGACUGCACGGUCAACCCCAAGUCGCCGCUGCUCUUCAUCACCCGGGCCGGCCAGACGCUGCCCGGCCCGCUCCCGGGGGACGACUGGACCGUCUUCCAGUCCAACCACUCCACCUACGAGCCCGUGCUGAUGGCCAAGACCCAGUCGGCGGAGAGCGUGGCGUCGCUGGGCCAGAACGCCGCCAUGCUCCCGUCGGUGGUGCAGGACCUGGGGCUCCACGACGGCAUCCAGAGGGUCCUGUUCGGCAAUAACCUGAGCUUCUGGCUGCACAAGCUGGUGUUUGUGGACGCCGUGGCCUUUCUGACGGGCAAGAGGCUCUCGCUGUCCCUGGAGCGCUACAUCCUGGUGGACAUAGAUGACAUCUUCGUGGGGAAGGAGGGCACCCGCAUGAAGGUGCCCGACGUGAAGGCCCUGCUGGAGACGCAGAGGGAGCUGCGAACCCAUGUGCCCAACUUCACCUUCAAUCUGGGCUUCUCAGGGAAAUUCUUUCACGCUGGAUCGGACGAGGAGGACCUGGGCGACGACCUGCUGCUGUCCCAUGUGAAGGAUUUCUGGUGGUUUCCUCACAUGUGGAGCCACAUGCAGCCCCAUCUAUUCCACAACCAGUCCGUGUUGGCCGAGCAGAUGUUGCUCAACAAGAAGUUUGCCAUGGAUCAUGGGAUUCCCACCAACAUGGGCUACGCAGUGGCCCCUCACCACUCCGGCGUCUAUCCUGUACACAUGCAGCUUUAUGAUGCCUGGAAGAAAGUUUGGGGCAUCAAAGUGACCAGCACGGAGGAGUACCCUCACCUAAAGCCUGCUCGCUUCCGACGAGGGUUCAUCCACAGCGGCAUUAGCGUGUUGCCCCGGCAGACGUGCGGUCUUUUCACGCACACCAUCUUCUACAAAGACUACCCAGGCAGCCCAAACGAACUGGACAAGCUCAUCAAUGGAGGGGAACUCUUCCUCACUGUUCUGCUGAACCCUAUCAGCAUUUUCAUGACCCACCUGUCCAACUAUGGGAACGACCGUCUGGGUCUGUACACCUUCAAAAGCCUGGUCAUGUUUGUGAAGACCUGGACCAACCUGAAGAUGCAGACUCUGCCGCCCAUCCAGCUGGCUCAGAAAUACUUCAGCCUGUUUCCCUCUGAAAGAGAUCCUCUCUGGCAGGAUCCUUGUGAGGAUAAAAGACACAAGGACAUCUGGUCCAAAGAGAAAACAUGUGACCGCUUCCCAAAGCUGCUCGUCAUUGGGCCCCAGAAGACAGGGACAACAGCACUGUACCUAUUUCUUGGCAUGCAUCCCGACCUGACCAGCAACUACCCCAGCAAGGAGACGUUUGAGGAGAUCCAGUUCUUCAACGGACACAACUAUCACAGAGGCAUCGACUGGUAUAUGGAAUAUUUCCCUCUACCCUCCAACACCAGUUCAGACUACUACUUUGAGAAGAGUGCCAACUACUUUGACUCGGAGGUGGCUGCUCAGAGGGCCGCGGCUCUCCUGCCCAAAGCGAAGAUCAUCACCAUCCUCAUCAACCCAGCAGACCGAGCGUACUCCUGGUACCAGCAUCAAAGAGCCCAUGACGACCACGUGGCGCUGAGGUACUCCUUCCAUGAAGUCAUCACCGCGGCCCGCGACGCCCCCAUCAAGCUGCGGGUGCUACAGAAUCGGUGCCUGGUGCCGGGAUGGUACGCCGUCCACCUGGACCGCUGGCUGAAUCACUACCACUCCAGCCAGUUGUUGGUUUUGGAUGGACAGAUGCUGAAGACGGAGCCUGCCUCGGUCAUGGAUAAAAUCCAGAAGUUUCUUGGCCUUCCCAACGUCAUCAACUACCACAAGAUCUUAGCGUUUGACCCCAAGAAAGGCUUCUGGUGUCAGCUGCUGGAGGGCGGAAAGACCAAGUGUCUGGGAAAGAGUAAAGGACGCAGGUACCCUGACAUGGACCUUGAGUCCCAGGAGUUCCUCAGGGAGUACUACCGGGACCACAACAUUGAGCUCUCCAAGUUGCUCUACAAGAUGGGUCAGCCGCUACCCAGCUGGCUUAGGGAAGAGCUGGUCCACACCAGGUAGCAGCACCGCUGCGGGGAAAAAACCACAGAUCCACGUCCCGAAAAACACUGCUCCCACCCUGCAGGGCUCGCUGAUCCGACAGAGACCCGAGAGAUUGUAGCUAGGCCUUGAGAUUCCAGCACGGUAAACCAGACAUGAACUCGACGCCUAACUGUGAUCUUCUGAAUGGGGAACAGACUGUUUUCGGGGGCUGCCCUGAAACUGUCCUGAGGAUUUCAACUAGAAAAAAAGGCUGGGACGCACCGGGUGCUUGAUAAGCCCAGUCUCAUUAAUCAAACUAUCAUCACAGGAACUUUGUUGCCUAGGACUGAAAAGUGGGGAAAAAAACAAAUGAACUUCUAGCAGUUUUUCCUCUCAGUUCUGUAAAGAGGGGGCCGAUGUAAACACUAUCACGUGGUCCUCAGUGAACAGGCGUGAUGUGUGGACAGGAUCACAUGGAGCAGCGCAGUAUUGACUCAACGGACGGCAGCAAGCCGGACGUGUUGAAUCAAGUUCCUUUUAACGGGAGUGUAUGGGCGGUGAGUGAGGACGCAAGUCCAGACUCGGGCUGCUUCACGUAGCCUUCCUCAAUAAGCCUUGGUAGAAUCUAGUUUAUUGCAUUUAUAAGUGCCAGGACAGAAUCCUCAACAAACUAUCAACCUCCUUGGGGGUUUUCUGGGGGUUCCUUUUUCUUUUUGUUUUUUUUUCGAUCCUGUUUUGUUUUGUUUUCUUCUGUCUGAUUUAACGUUUCUGUAGUGCUGAUGGAAAUGCAUAGUUGUUAGACUGUACCAAAACUAAACCUGUUAGAGGCAUUGUUUCCACGCGAGCAGGAUGUGCAGCGCUGGCCUGGUCCCGGCCUGCUCCGCGGCGAGCCGGCCCGAGGCGGGAACAGCAGGACGGCUCCAGAAAGCACAAAGGCUCUCCAGUGAGGGUCGACCCUGAUUGUACAGGUUAACUGGAAAGCACACUAAGUUCAUGGCUCCUACUACAAUCUGUGAAAAACAUAAGCUAGUUUACUGUAUGCAUGGUCCUACAGAUUCAGAUUGUGUACAGAAAAAAAAAAGUGCAUUUCAAAAUUUUAGCAGCGUUUUUUUUUUUUUUUUUUUUUUUUUUAUUUAAUUUUAUUUUUGUCUUUUUAUUCUGUUUAAUUUCACUUACAGGAGGAGUGUAGACCUGGGAUGAAUUAAGAGACACACAGUAGGCCGGCCGUUUCCACGCGGAUGUUUGGGUGUAGGUCAAGGUGUUACCAUAGCGACUAGGUGUUCAUCGGUAACAAAAAGCUGCUUUUACCGCAAUAGUUUUGUACGUUGUCCGGAUGUAAUUACGACGCACACGACGGUUUUGUCAUUUCCUGACUUUGUAAUGUACAUAAACCCCUCGGUAGACCUAAAUUAUUGAAUGUGUUUGGGUUUUACGCUCCCAUCAGCCUGUUUAUCGUAGCGUUUAAAAAUGUCAGUGCUGCGCUGAGGGGGAAGCUCGGAUCCUUCCGUCAUGCAGAAGUGUUUCCUCUCACGUCCUCACACUGCCAACUGUUAUACAAAACGUGCAGAAAUUCUCCGUAUAUAAAGUAUUAAACACAUAACAGCAACGAUGGUACUAAUCUCCUGGACUGUAUGAUACAGAUUUGUAAUUGUUGUCAAUAAUUUUUACAGUGUAACUAAUAUUGUCGGUGCUUUUUAAUUUGCAAAUAAAACACCACUGUAUUUUUCAUUA